AUGAGGGCGUGCCUCGCGCCGGCUUAUGGUACUAACGAGACGGUUAUUACUGUGGACGAGUACGUGGCGAGGGAGGGCCGUGACUUCCAUCCACAUUCCCAUCCCCAAACUCAUGUGAACUCAAACGUCUCUCGGCAGGCGCUUUCUCAUCUGAUCCUAGCAUUCUCAGCCAUCCCAUUCUCGUCCCCAUCCUCGUCCCCAUCCCCAUCCGCAUCCCAUCCCCGUUCCCAUCUCUUCUCUCCAUCUCAGAUCAAGGACCACUAUCCGCACAUCACGCUGCCAGAUAAACUCGAGUACCCCACCAUACCCUCCAAAGACGUCAACGACUUUCUUCACGCAUACGCCCCCUACAACGACGCGCCUGUCAUCAGCCUCGGGGAUGCAUACGGCAUGGGCCUGCGUGGCCUUCCUUUCUACUUCGAGGGCGCGGUUGCUCCCUUUACAAGCACCUGCGCGGACAUCUGGCAGCCUCCGCUCGUUAUAGAGAACUUUGUAAAUGGAUUUAUUGACACGUUUCUGGGGUCGGAAUAUGCAGCUCUGCACCUAAGGCGAAGCGAUUUCUCCAGGGCUUACCGGAAGGAGGACGACAGGAGGGAACGAGCCUCUUUCCUUCCCAUCGUCACAGUCGCCCGUUUUGUGAUCGAGAGGUUGAGAGAUACGGGCGUGUCCGUGGUGUACCUCGCAACUGAUGCAAGCCCGUCCGAGAUUCAACUGCUGGAAAAGCUGUUCCUUGGUUCGGGUAGCUGGAGGCCACUUGUGGUAGUGCGCCUGCCCGAGUUUGCAAAGGGAUCUGCGGAGUAUGCACAAUUCCCCUGGGGUAAUAUUCUCGCGGAUUACGGCCGAGACAGGGACGCGUACCGAGAGGCGAUCUCCUCCGCAUUACCCGCUCUCCCGGAACAUGCGUCGCAAAUCUCCAUGGGCCACGGGCGGCUGUUCGUGCUGUUUCUGAUGGCAAAGGACGGAAUCGUCUUCUUCUGUCUGGGCUACGAUCCGCUCACCAAGGACCAGGCGCGCGGGCUGCUGGGGCGCGUGCGCACGGCGUUCCUCUACUCCGCGCGCAAGUGCGACCUGCACUCGGGCGCGCCGCUGCCCGACGCUACGCGCGACAACAUCCGCAAGUCGUUCGCGUCGACCUUCCGCUCGCACAGAGGAAAGAUCGAGGAAAGCGCGCAGCCGCCGCCGCUGACGAUCUACCACGACGCGCCAUUCGCGUAUCGGACCAAGUCGGAGGACUCGUUUCCCGCAGGUGAGAGUCAGGAUGGGGAGGAGAGCGAGGAGGGGGAGGAGGGUGAGGAAGGGGGGUGGGAUGAUUACGAGGAUGAUGGUGAUUAUAGGGAAGGUGAUGGUGGUGGUGGUGGUGGGGAGGACAGGGCAGAGCUCAGGGGGGAGGAUGGUGGGGGUGAUCCUGACGACUGUGACUAUAGGCGGAGUUCCGCAAACGGGGAAGCGGAAGGGGGGCCAGCGGCCGGUACAGGAACAGGUGCAGGGCCAAGACGCAGCAGAUCGAACGGCCAGGAUCAGCAGACGAGAGAGCAGCAGCAAGCAGCAGGGGGGACUGAUGCUGUGGGUAGGAAUAGCAGGGACGGCAAGGACGGCAGGGAUAACGAUGAUGAUGACUCAGGGUGGAUUGAUGGUGCCACCCUGGUGACGGGGCAAGCGCUGAAGGGUGCCACGUGGCAGCGUCUCCCCGCGUCGGAUCCGGGAAUCGGGCGGGGAAGAGGCAGGCGGAAAGGGGGAGGUACCGGGCGGAACAGUGGCGAGGGGAGCGGGGGGAGGGGGAGUGCGAGCAGUCGUCUCACGCCGAGGCAGAGGCUCCUGCAGGAGGUGGGGGAGGUGCUGGUGGGAGUGGGGGCGGAUGUGUCAGGGUGCGCCGUUGACCCCUGCUUUGACCUCGGUCAACCCAUCCGGCCGGUAGGCCCGUGCCUUGACCUGGGUCAACCCGUGAGACCAGCAGAUAGAAGCAGCCGGUCGGCCAAGGCAAAUGCCGUUGAUAGCAGCAGGGACGGCAGUGGAGGAGGAGGAGGAGGAGAAGGAGAAGGAGGAGGAGGAGGAGGAGGAGGAGGAGGAGGAGGAGGAGGAGGAGGAGGAGGAGGAGGAGGAGGAGGAGGAGGAGGAGGAGGAGGAGGAGGAGGAGGAGGAGGAGGACCAGAGCUGCAAUCGCGGCUUACCGCAGUCGAACCGUCCCCAGUUGCACCUGCCCGCCCCUCUCCGGGAUACCCCCCCCGAGGCUCCCCCACCCCCCCCAUCGCGCCCUCCUUCGCUUCCCCUGCCGCCCUUCGCGGCUCAGGCUCGGGAAAGCGGCUCUCGAUCAAUGAGAGGCCGACACCUGGCAUCGCGGGCAGCAGCGGCAGCGGGUGGAACAUGAGUGUAACGUUACCGCCCCAAGCGCUCGCCCAGCUCGCAGCAGCCAUGCAAGAAGGGGAGGAAGAGGAUGGGGGGAAGGGGACGGUGAGGGAAGAGCAGGGAGGGGGAGGAGAGGAGGGAGGGGGCCCCGGGGUGGGUUUUGAGCGGCGGAGUGUUUCGGCAGCAGUAGCUGCGGCGCAGAGAGGGGACCGCGCGUUUGUGCACAGCCACAGCUGGAACGUGCGAUCCAGUGGCUUGGAUGAGGGGGAUGAAGGGGAGGAGGGCGAGCGGGGAAGUGGCGGAGGAGGGGGUGGAGAGGGUUGGGAAGCAGUGCAAGGGAGAAGGACGAUGAGCAGUCAAGGGAGGAAGGGUGCGGUGUCAGGCGCUUCUCCUGGCAUGUCUCCUGGCAUGUCUCCUUCUGGUCCCAUCACGCCGUCUCGGCUGUCCAGAUUGGGCUCUUCUGCUUCUCCUUCCGCUGCCACUGCUGCGAUUUCCUCACAUGCCUUUCCAGAUAUGGAGGGCUCGUAUAGUCACGCUUCAAGAAGCAACUCUUAUAGUCACACCCCAGUGGAUGGGCCACACAGGAGCAGCCCUUUGCGGGACUCGAACCUCCCCCCACGGUCGAGCCCUCUGGCUCGAGAGCUCGCGGAUUUGGAGAAGGAAAGCGGAUCAGUACAGUCUGUCCCCGUUAUAAGCUCUGCUUUCCCGGAUUUGGUGCCUGCGGGUACCAGACGAAGCAGCCUAGCGCAAGAGAUAGAGGAGCUUGAGGGAACAGGCGCAGGUGCAGCUGCAGAGCACAACAGCAGCAACAGCACCAGUGCUGCUCUUGGUGCUACGGGCAGGACCGCUGGUGGUAACCUUAGUGCUGGUGGUUACUCUCCUGGUUACCCGCGCGGCGACAGCGGCAGAAGCGGCAGUGCCAGCAGCAGCCGCAGGUUCCUUGGUGCUGGUAGCGCUGGGGACAUAGCCACUGGUGUUGCCACUGGUGUGGCCACUGGUGUAGCCGCUGGUGUGGCCACUGGUGGGGACAUAGCAGGAUUUGGUGCGCCUCAGAAAUGGGCUUUACCGCCACAAAGCUCUAGCUCUGACUGGAGACCCGGGCCUGGGAGUGACAGUGGUGUUCCAAUGGCUGGGAGCGAUGGUUACCGCGUAACCGACCGGUUUGGUGCAUCUACGAGUAUUGUGUCCGAGCCGUCUGCGUCGCCUCGGUCUCCUGCGAGUUCUGUUGCCGUUCCUGGCCUCCGCCGAACCUACACGGACUGCGACCGGCUUGCUGCGGCAGGAGGUUUGGGGGGAGGUGCGGAAGCAGCAGCAGCUGGUGGUGCGGUUGGUGCUGGUGUGGCAGAUUCAACGUAUCUGGCCUCACCAGGAGGGGGAGAGGGAGGGGGGAGUGAGGGGAUGGAGGAGGAAGAGGAAGGGGCGGGGAGGCGAGGAAGGAGGUUGUCACUUCAAGGGUCUAGGAGCGAAGCCGGAGGGGGGAGAGGGGAUGAAACGGCUGGGCAGAUUCGGGGCAGGUUACGAAGAAAUUCUCUGUCAACCCGGCUGGAAAAAGUGGGGCUUCGGACAAGCGCAACCGUUGGAUCGAACCCAUGGGGCGGGAAGGGAGACGGGGGGAGCGAAGGUGAUGGGGGCAAUGAGCGUGGGAGCGAGGGAGAUGCAUGGCAGAUUGGGAAGGGAGGGGGGAGGAUGGACGGGAGGGAAGAUGACAGGAAAGAAGAGAGGAACGAUGGAGGAAGGGAGAAGGCAGGUAGGAGUGGGGCCCAAGGGGGGGAGGAUGAAGGGGAGGGGUUGUGGAGGGGCAAGUUGAAGGUGCUGGGUGGGGGGAAGGCGAAAGGCAGGGCUAGCUGCUCUGUGUGA